GACAUCGUCUCGGCAACACAGACCACCAAGACAACAGUAACAAAGGAACUGAGAAUCAAAGAGAUUGAAGAUGAGGAGAUCCUGAGUCUCAUACAGAGACAAUUGAGAUAACACCUGAAUCUAAACCUCAACAGGAAAUUGAAAUGCUGGUUUCUGUUCCCAAGACAACUUCAACAACUAUGGUCACUACUGAUAUUGAAGAAACAAGGACACAAACACAGAGAAUUGAAGUUGAAAUUCAAGAGUCAACAAUGACUCAGAAACCAAAACAGAUUGAAAUGGUUGUUCCAAAGACUGAAACAACUACUACUGAUAUUACCAUUUCCGCCCCUUCAUCAACAGCACAGGCUCCAAGACCAGCUGAUGAGCAAAUUGAAGAGACUAGACCAACUAUUGAAGUUUCCACAAAGGAAAUUCAAUCAAAAGAAGUUCCAACUGAAGCUCAACCAACUGAAAAAGAGACAAUAGAAAUUGACAUUAAAGCAAAGCCGUUGAAACAGGAAGUGGUAAUGGAAUUAACAACAACCGUAGUACCUGAAGAAAUAACUCCAGUUGAGACUGAAGUUCCAGCGCCAAGCCAACCAAUGGAGAUUGAAGAAAGAGAAACAAUAACAGUUAAACCUGCACCUGAAAUGGAAACCAGAGCACCUGAAGAGGAGGUGAAGGUCUCUGAGAGAGAAACUAUUGAGCUUGUGAAGAUUCCAGAUGAAGAACAGACAUUUGAGAUUGAAAUAGAUGUUCAGGAUCAGUCUGCACCUGUAGUAACAGAGACUAUUCAGAUAGACACUGUUACCAAGGAGACAAUUGUAGAACAGGUUCUCCCAGAGGUAACAGAAACUCAUAAGGAGGAAGUAACUUUUGAUAUUACAGGUAAGCCAAUGGAAGAAGUUCAGUUAACUUUUGCCAUUCAGCCAUCGGAGAAACAGGUCCCUGAAAAACAAGAGGUGAAAGACGUUGAAACUGUAACAGAAACUGUGACUGAAACAAUUCAGCUUCCAGAAUUGGAAACAACACCUCAAAAAGAGCAGCCUGUUGAAACUGAAGAGAAACCCUUGGAAGAAGUACAAAUGUCUUUUGAAAUUAAAGGUCUUGAAACCACAGAAAUCGAAACAGUUACUUCAACUGAAAAGACUGAAAUUACUGAUAGUAGUACAGUAAUAGUUCCUUUAGUUACUGAAACUGAAAAAGAAGAGAUUACAUUAGAAGUUCAGGAUAUUCCCUCUGAAAAGGUCUCAAUUGAUAUUGAAGUUCAAAAGAGUAAAGAACUACCUGAAAAGGAAGAAUUCACUUUGUCUGAGAAAACAGAGAAAACAGAAACCACAACUAUAACAGUCCCAAUUGUGUCUGACACAAAACCUGAAGAAAUUAUAAUGGAUGUUCAAGAUAUACCAUCAGAAAAAGUCUCUAUUGACAUUGAAGUUCAGAAGAAAAAUGAAAUUCCUGAAACUGAAGAAGUUACUUCUACAGAAAAGACAGAUGUAACACAAACUAUAACGUUUGAAAUUCCUGAAGUAACUGAUACACAUCACAAAGAUGAAAUAAUAUUGGAAUUUGCUGAUAAACUUGCUGAGGAAGUUACAAAGAGUAUUGAAAUUCCAAAAGAAAAAGAGAUUCCAGUAACUCAGGAAACAUUGGACAUAGAAUCUACUGAAGUGACACCAAAGACAGUCACUGAAGUUGCUGAGGUCAAAGAGAAAACAGCAGAAGAGUUUACAAUUGUAACUCAAGAGGUACCUAAAGAGAAUGUCAAGUUUGAAAUUGAAAUAAAAGAGAAAGAGGUACCAGAAACAACAGAAGUAAGUCACAUGGAUAUUACCACUGAAACAGUAACAGAAACUUUUGAAGUACCAACUGUUGAAGAGAUCUUCACAGAUGAAGUAACUUUAGAUGUCAGCAAGAAACCUGAAACAGUGCAAAUGGAGAUUGAAAUACCAGAAUCACAGGUAACCACAGAAUUACUUACGAUAACAUCAUCAGAGGAAAGUAAAGAGACUAUAGAAAUACCAAUUGUUGAAGAGACUUUUAAAGAUGAAGUUACAUUGGACAUAAGCAAAAAACCUGAGACAAUACAAAUGGAGUUAGAACUACCAGAAUCACAGACGACGACAGAAACAAUAACAAUUACUACAUCUGAGAUACCUGAAGAAGUCACUGAAGAAGUUACAGAGACUGAAAAACACAAAGAAGAGAUUAAACUGGACAUCAAAGGCAAACCAGUUGAAAUGAAGGAAAUGGAAAUCAAACUACAAUUGAAACCUGUUGAGAGCCCAAAGGAAUAUAGUCCAAAAGAAACAAGUCCAAAAGAAACAAGUCCUAAAGAAACAAGUCCUAAACAGGAGAGCCCAUUGCAAGCCCCAACAGCUGAAGAGAUCUUUGAGACAUUUGAAACUGUGGAAGAAGGAGCUCCAGAAUUUACCUGGGGACUGACUUCUUUAAAAGUCAUGGAUGGAGAAGAAGCUAAGUUCUUUUGUGAGCUUGUAGCUGAACCUAUACCAGAAAUUUCUUGGUUCCAUGAUGAGAAACCCAUUGCUGAGAACCAAGACUUCAGAAUAACCUUUGAGCCAGAGACAGGAAAAUGCACCUUGUUGAUUGUGGAGGUUUUCCCACAGGAUGCAGGCGAAUACAGAUGUAUAGCUGUGAAUGAGCGCGGAAAGGCUAUUUCUAGAGCCACUCUUGAAGUUGAAUCUUACGAAUAUGUUGCUGACACAGAGGAGGCCUCGGACUCCGUGCAGUCAUCUGUAGAAACAAGUUCUCCUAGACAGCGAAUAGACUCUGAUACUGAAGCACCAUCUGCUCGUAGACAGAUGAUAGAAGAAAUGCAGGAGAUGCAAGACCGAAUUCAUGCAAUCUUCUCUGGUGUAAAAGAUAAUCUUGAAGCUGAUAUUGAGGAAACUCAACAGCGUCGUGAAGAGAUAAUGCGUUCCAGUCUCCAUGAGGACCAGUUUCCUGAAGAGGAAAUCUCUGAUCUCUCUGAAGAAAUGCCUGAGGAGGCUGAACCUGUAGAGGAAUUGAAGGUUGUUAAAGUACCCACUGAAGAGGUUACUGAAUUCAAAAUAGAAGAAAUGCCUGAAGAAGGUAAACCAGAACACGUUCUGCAUGAAGAGAUUAAGAUCAAACCAGAAGAAGGAGACUUAUUUGUUGAAAAGUCUGAACUUGAAAGACCAGAAACAGAAAAGCCAGAGUACAAAACUGAAAUCAUUACUGACUUUUUGGAGCAACCAGAGGUUACAGAAUUUGUUGAGCCUGUUUCAGAUGAAUCAAAAUCAACAACAAUUCAGCUUGAAAUAGGAACAGCAGAUGAGCAACCUCAUGAAUCUAAAAUAAACAUUGCUGUUGAAGAACAGCAACCACAAGAUGUUAUAGAAGUUUCAGAAACCACGACCAUGAACACUAAGAUAACUGAGGUUAUCCCAGAAGUUGUUGAAAUUGAAAAAGAAAAACCAGGAGAGUUUCAGGUUGAAAUAAUUACUGAAGCUGUUGACAAACCAGAAGUUGUAGAAGUUACUGAGAUGCCAUCGGAGACAACUACUAUUUCUGAAGUUCAAAUUGAAGUAGAACAGCCAUCAGAAAAACAGUCUGAAGAAUUCAAGGUUGAAAUCCUCUCUGAAACAACUGACAAACCCCAGGUUACAGAAGUAACAGAAGCUAUUUCUGAAACAACAUCUGUCUCGGAAGUUGAGAUUGAUGUAACAAAGCCUGAAGAAAGGAAACCAGAACAAUUUAAAGUUGAAAUUCUCACAGAAACCGCAGAAAAGCCUGAAACUACAGAAGUCACUGAAACUCUUGCAGAGACUACGACAGUUUCUGAAAUAACCAUAGAUGUUGCAAAGCCAGAUAAAAAGAAACCAGAAGAAUUCAAAGUUGAAAUUCUCACAGAAACAACAGACAAACCUGAGAUCACAGAAGUAACUGAAGCGAUUACUGAAACAACAGCUGUCUCAGAAAUUGAGAUUGAUGUUUCAAAGCCUGAAGAAAGGAAACCAGAACAAUUUAAAGUUGAAAUUCUCACAGAAACCACAGAAAAGCCUGAAACUACAGAAGUCACUGAAACUCUUGCAGAGACUACAACGGUUUCUGAAAUAACCACAGAUGUUGCAAAGCCAGAUGAAAAGAAACCAGAAGAAUUCAAAGUUGAAAUUCUCACAGAAACAACAGACAAACCUGAGGUCAUAGAAGUAAGUGAAGCUCCUGCUGAAACAACAUCCUUCUCUCAAAUUGAGAUAGAAGUUGCUAAGCCCAAGGAACAGAAGCCAGAAGAAUUCAAAAUUGACAUUCUUACAGAAACAACCGAAAAACCUGAGAUCACAGAAGUAACUGAAGCUCCAGCGGAAACAACAACCUUCUCUGAAAUCGAGGUAGAAGUUGCCAAACCUCAGGAACAAAAGCCAGAAGAGUUCAAAGUUGAAAUACUCACAGAAACAACAGACAAACCUGAGGUCACAGAAGUAACUGAAGCUCCAGCUGAAACAACAACCGUCUCUCAAAUCGAGGUUGAUGUUGCUAAGCCUCAGGAACAAAAGCCAGAAGAGUUUAAAGUUGAAAUAAUCUCAGAAACAACAGACAAACCUGAGGUCACUGAAGUAACUGAAGCUCCAGCUGAAACAACAACCUUCUCUGAAAUUGAAGUAGUAGUUGGUAAACCUCAGGAACAGAAGCCAGAAGAAUUCAAAGUUGAAAUUCUCACAGAAACAACAGACAAACCUGAGGUCACAGAAGUAACUGAAGCUCCAUCUGAAACAACAACUUUCUCUCAAAUCGAGGUUGAAGUUGGUAAGCCUCAGGAACAAAAGCCAGAAGAGUUCAAAGUUGAAAUACUCACAGAAACAACAGACAAACCUGAGGUAACAGAAGUAAGUGAAGCUCCAGCUGAAACAACAACCUUCUCUGAAAUUGAAGUAGUUGUUGGAAAGACUCAGGAACAGAAGCCAGAAGAAUUCAAAGUUGAAAUUCUCACAGAAACAACAGACAAACCUGAGGUCACAGAAGUAACUGAAGUUCCAUCUGAAACAACAACCGUCUCCCAAAUCGAGGUUGAAGUUGGUAAGCCUCAGGAACAGAAGCCAGAAGAGUUCAAAGUUGAAAUACUCACAGAAACAACAGAGAAACCUGAGGUCACAGAAGUAACUGAAGCUCCAGCUGAAACAACAACCGUCUCUCAAAUCGAGGUUGAUGUUGCUAAGCCUCAGGAACAAAAGCCAGAAGAGUUCAAAGUUGAAAUACUCACAGAAACAACAGACAAACCUGAGGUCACAGAAGUAAGUGAAGCUCCAGCUGAAACAACAACCUUCUCUGAAAUUGAAGUAGUUGUUGGAAAGACUCAGGAACAGAAGCCAGAAGAAUUCAAAGUUGAAAUUCUCACAGAAACAACAGACAAACCUGAGGUCACAGAAGUAACUGAAGCUCCAUCUGAAACAACAACCGUCUCCCAAAUCAAGGUUGAAGUUGGUAAGCCUCAGGAACAGAAGCCAGAAGAGUUCAAAGUUGAAAUACUCACAGAAACAACAGAGAAACCUGAGGUCACAGAAGUAACUGAAGCUCCAGCUGAAACAACAACCGUCUCUCAAAUCGAGGUUGAUGUUGCUAAGCCUCAGGAACAAAAGCCAGAAGAGUUUAAAGUUGAAAUACUAAAAGAAACAAUAGACAAACCUGAGGUCACUGAAGUAACUGAAGCUCCAGCUGAAACAACAACCUUCUCUGAAAUUGAAGUAGUAGUUGGUAAACCUCAGGAACAGAAGCCAGAAGAAUUCAAAGUUGAAAUUCUCACAGAAACAACAGACAAACCUGAGGUCACAGAAGUAACUGAGGCUCCAGCUGAAACAACAACCGUGUCUCAAAUCGAGGUUGAUGUUGCUAAGCCUCAGGAACAAAAGCCAGAAGAGUUCAAAGUUGAAAUACUCACAGAAACAACAGAGAAACCUGAGGUCACAGAAGUAACUGAAGCUCCAGCUGAAACAACAACCUUCUCUGAAAUUGAAGUAGUAGUUGGUAAGUCGCAGGAACAGAAGCCAGAAGAAUUCAAAGUUGAAAUUCUGACAGAAACAACAGACAAACCUGAGGUCACAGAAGUAACUGAAGCUCCAUCUGAAACAACAACCGUCUCUCAAAUAGAGCUUGAUGUUGCUAAGCCUCAGGAACAAAAGCCAGAAGAGUUCAAAGUUGAAAUACUCACAGAAACAACAGAUAAACCUGAGGUCACAGAAGUAACUGAAGCUCCAGCUGAAACAACAACCUUCUCUGAAAUUGAAGUAGUUGUUGGUAAGACUCAGGAACAGAAGCCAGAAGAAUUCAAAGUUGAAAUUCUCACAGAAACAACAGACAAACCUGAGGUCACAGAAGUAACUGAAGCUCCAUCUGAAACAACAACCUUCUCUGAAAUUGAAGUAGUAGUUGGUAAGCCUCAGGAACAGAAGCCAGAAGAAUUCAAAGUUGAAAUUCUGACAGAAACAACAGACAAACCUGAGGUCACAGAAGUAACUGAAGCUCCAUCUGAAACAACAACCAUCUCUCAAAUCGAGGUUGAUGUUGCUAAGCCUCAGGAACAAAAGCCAGAAGAGUUCAAAGUUGAAAUACUCACAGAAACAACAGACAAACCUGAGGUCACAGAAGUAACUGAAGCUCCAUCUGAAACAACAACCGUCUCUCAAAUCGAGAUUGAUGUUGCUAAGCCUCAGGAACAAAAGCCAGAAGAAUUCAAAGUUGAAAUACUCACAGAAACAACAGACAAACCUGAGGUCACAGAAGUAACUGAAGCUCCAGCUGAAACAACAACCUUCUCUGAAAUUGAAGUAGUAGUUGGUAAACCUCAGGAACAGAAGCCAGAAGAGUUCAAAGUUGAAAUUCUCACAGAAACAACAGACAAACCUGAGGUCACAGAAGUAACUGAAGCUCCAGCCGAAACAACAACCUUCUCUGAAAUCGAGGUUGAAGUUGGUAAGCCUCAGGAACAGAAGCCAGAAGAGUUCAAAGUUGACAUUCUCACAGAAGCAAUAGACAAACCUGAGGUUUCUGAAGUAACUGAAACUGUUGCUGAAACAACAACCAUCUCCGAAAUUGUGGUUGAUGUUGGUAAGCCUGACGAAAGGAAACCAGAAGAAUAUAAAAUAGAACUUUUGGAUGAAGGUGUUGAGCAACCAGAAAGUGUAGAUGUUACAGAAGAAAAACCAGAAACGAGCAAAGUCAGUGAAGUUUCUGUUGAGACUUUCACAACAAAACAAGACACUGUUGAACAGUUUGAAUCUGAAGAUACCCAAGAACCAGCUGAAACGUUCAGAGAAGAAAUUACUGUAGAAAAAACCCCAAAAGAUAAAGACCAACCUGAAACUUACAAAACAGAAUUAGAGCUUGUUGAGCCAGAACAUGAUGUUGUCACAAUAACAUUUGGUAUGCAUGAAGGAGAAGAUGAUGAAGAAAUUACUCAUGAAAUUUUGGAAGAAACCGGAGAAAUUUCUGUCUCUGAAAUUCAGCUUGAAAGACCUAUAUUUAUUACUCCACUAAAGGAUGAAACCAUUCCAGAAGGAAGUGAUCUGACAAUGGAAGCUGUUGUGAGGGGUAACCCAGCUCCCGAAGUGACAUGGUUUGCUGAUGACGAGCAGCUGUCUCCUUCUGAAGACAUUCAGAUAACCUACAAGGAAGGAAGAUGUGUCUUGUUUAUGAAAGAAAUUUUCCUUGAUGAUGAAGCUGAAUAUUGGGUUGAAGCAACCAAUGAAUAUGGGACAGCAACAACUUCGGCAUAUGUCACUGUAUUGCCAGGGGAAGUUCUUUCAUCUGAAGAAGAGACUAUUCAUGAAAAAGAAGUUGAGGCCCCAAUAGAUGUAACAGAAGUUACUCAGUCAGAAACUAUUGAGGUAACUAAACAGCCAGAAGUUGCUGCACCUGUUGACUUAACUGAAACUGUUUAUAGAGAUACCAUUAAAGACGAAAGUCAACUAGAAGUUGAAACUGAAGCACCAGUAGAUGUUACUGAAACAUUGUUUAAAGAAACAUUUGAAGUCAAACCAGAAGAUGAAUCAGCAAAAGAAGAACUUGUUAUUGACAUUAAGCCAAAAGAUGUCAAAGAAGAAGUUACAGUGGAGAUCAAACCAAAGAAAGAUGUUAUUGAAGAAAUUGAGUUUGAUAGUAAGCCAAAAACAGUUUUUUCAGAAGAAGUAGACAUUGAAAUGAAACCAGAAAGGAAAACUUCUGUAAUUACAUUUGAAACUAGCAAAGUAUCCCCUUUGAAAACUGAGGUUACAGAAAUUCAUAGAGAAUCUAUUGAAUUAGAAACCAGACCUGACACUGAAGAGAUUAAAGAGGAAACUUCUCAUAAAGAGACUAUUGAUAUUGCUCCUAAACAAAGACAAAGUGUUGUUGAGAUGGAAAUAACGGUACCAAAACAAAUUAUAGAGACAUACAAAGAGACUGUAAAUGUUGAUGAAGUUGAUCAUAAAGCCCCUGCAGUAACAGAACACCAUGUUGUAACAGAAGUCAUUCCUGUAGAUGACGAAAAGAUGCCAGUUGAGAUUGAGAUAGAAGUCAGACCUGAAAAGAAAACAGAAAUAACUGAAAAAGAAACUAUAGAAAUUAUUUCAGCAGAAAAAGAUGAAAUUGAAGUUCAGGAAGUAACACCUAUGUUCAAAGAAGAAAUUGAAAUUGAUUCGAAACCAGAAACUGUUGAGAUUGGCUUUGAUUUAAAACCCAGUAAGAAAGAAACUACUGUCACAGAAAUAAUAAAAGAAACUACUGAGAUUGUUGAAGAGACUCCUUCAUUUAAAGAGGAAAUUCAGAUUGACCAAAAACCAAAGACUGAUUUACAAGAAAUUGUGUUAGAUAUCACUACCCAGCCUCAGGUAGAAGCUACAAUUAAGGAAACCUUAGAAAUGAAAAGAGAAACCGUAGAAGUUACUGAACAUGUAGUUGAGUUAAUGGAUGUAGAAGGACCAAUAGAUGAGGUUAUUAUACAGGAAAGAGAACAGUUGAAAAUUACAGAAGUCCCAAAAGAGCAAGAACAGGUUUUGGAAACACCAGGACUUCAAACUGAAACAAUUGAAGUAAAACCAACAGAAGAUCAAAUGGAGACAGAAAUUAUCUCAACUGAUACUGAAUCUGCUGCGGAGGAAAUUAUGGAGACUGUCCCUGAAGAAAGACUUCCUAUUCAGGAAGUUGAAGUAAUGAAGCCAGUUGAAGAAACUGUUGAAAUCACAACAGAAACAAUACAAAUCACCCAAAGGCGGUCAGAAGUACCUGAGACAGAAAUUGAAAUUAUUGAAAAAACUGAAGAUAUAACAACAGAUAUUGAAAUAACUAAGCCAUCUGAUAGAACUGAAGAAACAAGUCAUUUUGUGGAAGUUGCAAAAGUGACACCUUUUGAAGUAAUGGAAACUCCAGGAGAUGUUACUGUUUCUGAAUCAGUUGAUGUUUCAGAAGCUGUAGAAAGUGAAAAACCGUUUGAAGAAAUAGUAGAAGAAAUACGAGAAACAAUUCAGGUUGAAAAGGAAAUUCCAUCUACUGCUCCUGAAACAGAAACUACAGAAGAUAUCAAAUUUGUUGAAACAGUACCAGAAUAUGAGUAUGAAACUUCAAGGGAAAUUGAAAUUGACACUGAAGUGCCAGAUAUAACAUCGGAAGAAAAACAGCAAAGUGAGGUUAUUGAAGAUGUUUCUGAGGUCACUGCGGUAGAGACUGAAGCUGAAAUAAUUGAAACAGAAACUGAGGUACCAAGGGAAGAGACUGUUGAAGAAAUCAGAAAAACAAUCAUUGUUGACUAUGAAAAACCAUCUGAAGUGACAUCAGAGGAAACUGAAAUUGAAACAGGUGUGGUUCAGCCUGUUGAAAGCUCAAUUGAAAUAGAAAAACCCUUUGAAGAGACAAUAGAGCUAUCAAGGGAAGUGAUCACAGUAGAAAGACAGGUACCAGCUAUAUCUGAUGUCAGUGAACAAGAUUUAGGAUUGACUGAAGUUGAGAAAAUCACAAGUGAUAUUCAAAUUGUUGCUCCAAAGGAAUCUGAAACAGAAGUUCCUAUUAAAGAAGUUGAGAUGGAAGAACAAAUGCCAACAAAAGUCUCAGAGGAGGAACAAAAGGAAGAUGCUUCAUUUGCUGUAGAAAUUGAACAGGAAAUUGAAGUACCUAAAGAAGAUAUUAUUGAAGAGGUUAGACAAACAAUCAAAGUUCAAAAGGAAAAACCAUCAAAAACUGACACAGAGGAGUUAAAGAAAGGACAGGAGUCGGUUACAACAAUAUUUGAUGCUGAAACCAAAGCACCAAAAGAAGAAAUAAUUGAAUCACACAAAGAAACUGUAACUAUUGAAAAGGAAUUGCCCUCUGACAUAAGUCCUGAAGAAGUUUCUGUUUCUGAAGAUUCACAGCAUGAAAUAAGUGUAGAAUUGGAUUUAGAGCAACCUUUAGAAAAGGUUACUCCUGAAAUUAAAGAAUCUGUCAAAAUUGGCCCUGACACUAUUUCUGAAAUAAAGUUACAAGAAAUAAGCCCAGCAGAUGUUUCUGAAAUACCAGAAGAAGCCUCAGAAUCAGCAUUGGAAAUAGUUGAUUUGUCUGAAACACCAGACUUAAGGAAAGAAGAGAAACCAACAGAAGUUUCAGAAGUAGAACUGAUAGUUGAAAAGCCUGAUAUAACAGAAAUAUCUGAAAUUGAACUUGUUUCUGAUGUUCAGCCACAAGAAUUAACUAUUAGCAUUAAAGAAAAGAUAAGUUCUGAAAUUGUUACAUUUGUAACUAAAGAACAUAUUGUUGAAGAUAAAGUACCAGAGACAAUUGAAUUAUCAGAGGUGGAAGAACAUAAAUCAACAGAACAGAUCAUAGUUGAAUCAACUGAAAGUACUGGUGUAGAAAUUGGUCAGCUGUCUAAUGUAUCAGCUGUUGAGGUAGAUAUUCAGAGACCUGAAAUAAGCGAAAUAGAAAAAACAGUAACUCUUUCCUCAUUUGAAAAGGAAAUUACAGCCACAACACAAACUGCAGUCUCCCUAGAGAUUGCUCCUUCGGAUGUUUCUGAUAUUGAGAUUCAAAUUAAGCCAGAAGAGAUUGAUGAAGAUUUACCAGUAAAAGAGAUAGAAAAACCGUCAGAGGAAAUUGUUGAAAUACUAAAAGACACAAUAACUAAGGAUAAUAAAAUACCAACUGAAACAACAGUUGUUGAAGAAACAGCAAGCAAACCUGAUGUAUCUGACAUAUUUGAAACAGAGACUGACAGAUCAGUUGUUGAAACUGUAAUUGAAACUAGGGAAACUGUUCAAAAACUGCCAGAACAACCAACUGAAGCUGAUGUUGAAAGUGAGGAUGAUAAGGCAGACAUUGUUCCAAUAAAAGAAACUAUAGAAGUUGUGCCUUCAGUUGAUGAGGUUCCUGAUGUUCAGAAAAAUAUCAUUUCUUCAAGUGUAAUACCAGCAGAAUCUAAAGAAGGAUUACCUGAUGAAAUUAUACUUCAAAUUAAAGGUUUACCUUCUACAGAGACUGAAGAAGUUGUUGAAAUGGUUGAAACUGAUGUUAAAGAGUCAAUCUUGAAAACUCCUGAAGAAAUUAGUAAAACUACCGAAGGUGAUUUUGAAACUGGACAGAUAGAAGUUGAAGUUUUGUCAGAAACAGAUACUGAAGCUGCCCAGGAAGAAACUGUUACAAUAACAAGUGCAACGUUUAUGGCUGAGGACAAACUUCCAUCCGAAACAAAGUUUGUUGAGAUAGAAGAAGCUCAACCUCAAAUUGAAGAAAUUGCAGAAGAGAAAUCAUCAAUUUUACCUGUUGAAGAAAAAAUUCCAACCGUUACUGACAGUGCAACCGUUUCUUUAUUACCUAUUACAGAUGUGAAAGAGGAAGAGGUGACAGUACCUGUUUCUCAAGCUGUUGAAAUUCCAUUGGAAGUUAAAGAAACUGCCUCUGAAGAGAUAACUGGAGAUUUGACACAACAGGAAAAAGUAAAACCUGAAGAAAUUAGUACAGUUGAUGUAACUGUUGAAGAAAAAGAAACUGAAGAAACACGUGAGAUUACUUCUGAAAGCAUUGAUAGAUAUGCAGAAGAUGUUUCAAAGGAUAUCCUUGAAUCUGCAUCUGUGUCAAUAAAAUCUGAAACAAAGGUGUCAGAGGCAGAGGUUGAAACAACAGAGGAUGUUAUUUCUGAAUUGCCAAAGGAAUCAGAAGAAAAACCAGACAAAAUUGUGCCUGAAAUGCUAAGUGAGAGAUUAAUUAUUGAGAAAGAAUCACCCUCUGAAGUACAGAUAUCAGAUGAGGAGGUAACCGAAAUACCAAUACAAGAUAUUGUUGAGGAAACCAUCCAGCAUAUUGCUGAUGAAAUAACGAAGGAUAUUUUGGAACAAGCUGCGAAAGGGCAACUUAUUCCUGUCCAAACUAAAGAAAUUCAAGAAAGUAAACCUGAAGAGACGAAAGAAGAUAAAGAUGUUGAAGUUGUUUAUGAAAAAUCUGAAGAGAAAAUUGAAGAUACAAUAUCUGUAAAACCUGACAUAAGUGAGGUUACUUCUACAGAAGUUAUAUCUGAUGAGACUUUACCAGCAGUGAAGUUUACUGAAAUUCCAAAGGAAAAAACACAACCUGAAGUAACAGAAGUUUCAGGGGUUGAAAUUUCUGUGGAAGAGAAACCACAGCCUAUUUCAAUGGAGAUUGAAAUUGAUGAAACAAAAAAGGAAAAGGAAGAACUGAGUCACGAAAUAAUGCCAGAACAACCAGAAAUUGUUUCAUUUACAAUUGACCAAGAAGACACAGCAACAACAACUGAUGUAGUUGAAAAGAAGACUUUUACAGAAGAAAUUGAAGUUGAAAUACCAUCAGAUUUAUCUGUUGAAGAAACAAAAACUGAAAGUAUCUCAGUUGAAAUUCCCAGAGAAGAAAAGCCAGAAUCUGUUUCUUUUACAAUUGAUGAAGAAGACAAAACUACAACCACUGAAACAAUUAAGAAGAAGACUGUCACAGAGGAAAUCGAAAUUGAAAUUCCAUCGGAUAUAACUUUAAAAGAAACAACUACUGAAAAAGUAUCUUUGGAAAUUCCGAGAGAAGAAAAGCCAGAGAGUGUUUCUUUUAAUAUUGAUGAAGAAGUAAAAAUUACAACAACUGAUACAAUUGAAAAGAAGACUGUUACAAGGGAAAUUGAAGUUGAAACUCCAUUAGAUGUGUCUGUUACAGAAAAAACAUCGGAAAAGGUAUCUGAAUCUGAGAAGGUAUUGGUUGAAAUUCCAACUGAAGAUAAACCAGAGGAUUUGGAUGUAAAGGACAAACCAGUUGAGAGAACCACAGUGAGUUUUGAAAUGACACCUACAACAUCAACUUCUGAAAAAAUAGAUCUUACCAUACAACCUAAGACAACCUCAGUAGAUAUUGAAGAGAAGACCACAAUAACAGAGGUUAUAGAACAGCAAACAGUUACAGAAGAAAUAUCUGUAGAGAUUCCUGCUGACGACACUGUGAAAGAAACCACUGUGACAACCGAAAAAGUGUCUCUUGUUAUAAAACCAGGCGAUGAGGCACCAGAAGAAAAGCCGGAGGAAACAGUUUUACAGGUUACAGAGAAGCCAGAAUCACCUGUAGAUAUAACAGUGAAAGAAACCACCUCGGAAACUGUGUCUAUUGAAUUUCCUGUAGAAGAAGAAAAGCCACAAGAGCCAGAAGAAAUAACAUUGACAGUGACAGACAAAACUACUGUUGAGGAAACAAUUACAAAGACUGUGGAAGUAAUUGAAUUUGCACCAAAGUUCACUAAAACUCUUACAGAUAUAACAGUGAUGGAAGGUGAAAAAGUUGAAUUCACUGUGGAAUUUAAAGCACACCCAGCUCCAGAAGUGGUUUGGUUUAUAGACAAUCAGCCAUUGAAGGAGAGUGAGGACUUUAUUGUAACUAUUGAAAAAGAGUUUAGUAAGAUUAUCAUUCCAGAGACUUUCCUUGAAGAUGAAGGAGAAUAUAAAGUCGUUGUUACAAACACUGUUGGUACAAUUACUUCCAUAUGUUACCUCACUGUUAUUGCUUUAGAAGAGACAACAGAUGAAGAAGUCAGUGUUAAGGAAACUACAACAGUAAAAGAGACAUUGGAGAUACCUAUUGAAGAGAAAGAAUUGCCUCAAAAAGAAAUCUCAGAAGAGACCAUCGCCCCUCGUAAACCCGAAGAAGAGAUUAGUGAAGGAGAUUUCGCGGCUCCCCGUUUCACAACGACCCUCCAGAAGCACGUAGAUGUACAAGAAGGUACCAGCAUCACGUUAACAUGUGAGGUUAUAGGCAAACCAGCUCCAGAAAUCACAUGGUUCAUGAAUGAUGAAUCAUUGCCUGAUGAUAUAAGAUUCAUUACGGAACAUCACAGAGAAACUGUGACCCUCACAAUCAACAACGUAACCAUUGACGAUGAAGGUUACUUCAAGUGUGAGGCCAGAAACGAGCAUGGAACUGCCACAACUGUCAUUGAACUUUUCGUACAAAUCCCACAUAUUGCUGAUGAGCGUGGACCUGAUGUUACCAUGGAAACUGUUGAAAUUGUUGUUGAGGAAACACAACCAGAAUCGCAGAAACCAUCGAAGGAGACAAUCACUCCAUUAGGUUGGACUAUUUUUUUUCUGUCUGUGCGUCUUGCCCCAAUGCUACUUAUUUAUCUAACAAGAAUGCAUUAUGGGUAAUAACAAAAACCACCAGAGCAUGGGAUUGUGGGAAGAAAAAUUAUGGCCACCAUUUUUUAUGUGCUGGUGUUUCUGCGAUGUCACUGCCUGGUUGUAAGUAGAUAUUAACUGCUGUUAAUUAAACAUCUAAUACAUUAUCAUCUGGCAAUCUUUAACGUAUAUUUUAAUUUGUUUUAAACAUGCUUAUCUCUGCUAUUUUGUGUUUGUGGCCAGUAAUUUGCUACCAUAGCUAAAUUAUAUUCCAGACGAUUUUCUCCAUAGAGAUAAAUCAGUUCACUAUAUACCUCAGUUAAUUGUUGUAUCUUUAUUUCAGAAUACAUUUUACCGAUUAUUUUUAUUAUAUAAUAAUAAUACCCAUAAUACACCUUAUCAGCAUUAGUUUUAAAAAAAGCUACAUGUAGCUGCGGUAAAGAUAUACAUUACACACAUACUUUGUUUAAAGAUUGCCAGAAAUGUUUUGUUUUUUGUUUUUUUAUGACAUACACGCAAAAUGCUAUGUACCUUCUUGUUAUUUAUGUUCUUAGUUAAAGAAAAUCACGUUUUUGUUUGAGAAGUUUAGCAUGUAGAGUUACCUUUUCUUUUACUUUAUUUUGUUUUUAUGUAGCUACUGUUUGAUAGAAUACUUUUAUGUUUCUCAGUUGUUGAACAAACAAAAUGUUUGCUGUAAACAUUUUCUACCCUGAUAUAUAAUAUUCCACAAAUCCAUUGCAAAAAAAGAAGAAAAAAAUAUUAUUUUCGUGGUUGAAAUUUGCUUAAGUAAGGACACUGAAUAGUUCUUUGUCUAAAUUAGUUUUAAUGCGCUUGACAGUCUGCUAGAUAAAUGCUUUAGUAUUUAAAUGCAGUGUAAAUUGUAGAAAAAUUUGUCUUGAAAACUGAGUGUUGUUCUUCUGAGGAUAAAAUUGCAACACUUUAAAUGCUUACAAAGCUAUAAGAAGCUGUAUUUUAGCUUAUAGCCCAGCUAAAAGGGAUUUGUUUUCUAUUUAGAAAUUGAAUGAAAAUGUGAAUAAAUAAACUUGCCAUUUUGAA